AAGCCCAGCGUGUGUAUGUGCAGAGGCAGAAGAUGGUUUUUCUAACAACUAAGAUAAUGCAGAGGACUGCUCUGUUUGUGACGUUCGGGGGUCUGGUUACUUCUCUGAUCACCACCUUCCUCCCCCUGUGGAAGACGAUGAACUCUGACCUGAACGAGGUGGAGAACUGGUUCUCUGGGCUGUGGCACACCUGCCUCUACACGGAGGAGGUGGGGAUUCAGUGCAAGGCCUACGAGUCCGUCCUGGGACUCCCGAUGGACCUUCAGAUCUCCAGGGUGCUCAUGUCAGUGUCCAUAGGUACAGGAGGGUUGGCUGUCCUGGCUGCUUUCCCAGGUCUGGAAGGGGUCGAGGUGUGUGUCGGACAUCCUCGCAGGAAGAGAGGGCUCCUCAUCCUCAGUGGGCUGCUGUCCUGGGUCUCAGGCCUCACCACCCUGGCUCCCAUCUCUUUUGUUGCCUACACGACUACGGUGGAAUUCUGGGACGAGGGUUUUCCUGACGUGAUGCCACGCUGGGAGUACGGGGAGGCAAUGUUUUCUGGAUGGUUUGGAGGUUUGACUCUGGUCAUUGGAGGGACCCUGUUCUUUGUAGCUGUGUGCAUGGGGGACUACGACCAGCGGCCUCCGAGUGUCCCCAACAGCCCCCAGCUGAAGCACAGGAUGCAGCACUACCUGAAGACAGAGGUUUUAUAG